AACACACAGUGUGAAAAUCAUUCUCUCUCUCUCUCCCUCUCCCUCUCCCCUUCUCCUCCCUCCUUCUCUAUCCAGCCACCACCUUCUCUCCAUAUAUUCACUCUUUCUAGCUUGUACAACUUCUUCUCCUCUUCUUUUAUCUUUAUGAGAAUUGAGAAACCAACGGGAAAAGAGAGAGAAGAAGAAGCGAUGAGGAACAGCAUAAGGUGUUGCAUCUCUUGCAUUCUCCCAUGCGGAGCACUGGACGUAAUCCGCAUAGUGCACUCAAACGGGCGCGUAGAGGAACUCAGUGGAAGCAUCAAGGCUAGUGACAUCAUGAAGGCACACCCAAAGCACGUGCUCAAAAAGCCAUCCUCACCCUCCACCCAAGACGGCGUCGUUCCGAAGAUCGUUGUUGUCCCACCCGACGCAGAGCUCCAACGUGGCAAGAUUUACUUCCUCAUGCCCCUCCCUUCGCCGCCGUCAGAGAAGAACCACCGCAAGAAGAAACGGAAGGAUCAUCAAAGUGAGAGAACUAACAACACCCACCACCGUAGCAACACCAACAACAGUAACAACAACACCAUUUCUAUGGCCAACUUGCUCGUCUCUUCUGAUCGCUAUUUGACUGAUAUACUCUCUGAGAAGCUUUCUACGCAGAGAGAUAGACGAAGAGGACGUGUUGCUGUUUGGAGGCCUCACUUGGAGAGCAUUUCUGAGUCACCAACUGAUAUGUAA